CUGCAAAAGCUACUUCCGUUGCACUAGACAUGGAUGUUUUAGUUUAAACACAAACUUUAUAAACUUACAGGUAUUAGACAUGGCGGCGACCGAGUCGAGUUUAAGCCCGAGUUCAAUAGCAGUGGCAGACACUGUUGUACCUGCCUGCAUGUUUGCUCCAGACCGGGGAAGCGACGAUGAUCCAUCUGGAGGGGACUGUUAUGAGGACGGGGAAGCUCACAAUGGCGAGGCCGAGGAUCAUUUAGACCUCACUAGCAAGAUGGCUCUGGUCAGUCCAACUGGAGAACAGUAUGAUGUGUUAUUUCGACAGCUCAGGGAGAGGAUGGAUGAGGGUUGUGGGGAGACCAUCUACGUGGUGGGAAUGGGCUCAGACGGCGGUGAGUACGGGCUGAACGAGCAGGACAUGGAGGCGUCGGUGGCCACGGUGCAGUCGCUGUGCGAGCAGGUGGAGGCUGACCUCAUCCUGCUGAGAGAGCGGGCAGAGACGGGGGGCUGCGUGCGCGACUACCUCAUUCGUCGCCGCGUCGGGGACACCGACUUCCUGGAAGUCAGAGUGGCCGUGGUGGGGAACGUCGACGCUGGUAAGAGUACGCUACUGGGCGUGCUCACCCACGGAGAGCUGGACAACGGCCGCGGCUUUGCCCGCCAGAAACUCUUCCGCCACAAACACGAGAUGGAGAGCGGCCGCACAAGCAGCGUGGGCAACGACAUCCUGGGCUUUGACCAACAUGGACAGGUGGUGAACAAACCAGAUAGCCACGGCGGCAGCCUGGACUGGACCAAGAUCUGCGAGCGCUCCUCCAAGGUCAUCACCUUCAUCGACCUGGCGGGUCACGAGAAGUACCUCAAGACCACCGUGUUCGGCAUGACUGGACACCUGCCGGACUUCUGCAUGCUCAUGGUUGGCAGUAAUGCAGGGAUUGUGGGAAUGACAAAAGAGCAUCUUGGCCUGGCUUUGGCAUUAAAUGUCCCCGUGUUUGUUGUGGUCACAAAAAUAGACAUGUGCCCAGCCAAUAUUUUACAAGAGACGCUGAAAUUACUGCAGAGGUUACUCAAAUCUCCGGGCUGCAGGAAAAUCCCUGUCUUGGUACAGAACAAAGAUGACGUUAUAGUCACCGCCUCCAACUUCAGCUCAGAGAGAAUGUGCCCCAUAUUUCAGAUCUCCAAUGUGACGGGAGAGAACAUGGAUCUGCUGAAGAUGUUCCUCAACCUGCUGUCGUCCAGGACUACGUUCCGGGACGACGAGCCAGCCGAGUUUCAGAUCGAUGAUACAUACUCAGUACCGGGUGUGGGCACGGUGGUGUCGGGCACCACGUUACGCGGGCUCAUCCGCCUCAACGACACCCUGCUACUGGGGCCGGACCCCCUGGGCGCCUUCAUCCCCAUCGCCGUCAAGUCCAUCCACCGCAAGCGCAUGCCGGUCAAGGAGGUCCGCGGUGGCCAGACGGCCUCCUUCGCCCUCAAGAAGAUCAAGCGCUCGUCCAUACGCAAGGGCAUGGUCAUGGUGUCGCCCCGGCUCAGCCCGCAGGCAUGCUGGGAGUUUGAGGCCGAGAUCCUGGUGCUGCACCACCCUACCACCAUCUCGCCGCGCUACCAGGCCAUGGUGCACUGUGGCAGCAUCAGGCAAACGGCCACCAUCCUGACCAUGAACAGGGACUGCCUGCGCACGGGGGACAAGGCCCUGGUCCACUUCCGCUUCAUCAAGACGCCCGAGUACCUGCACUGCGACCAGAGGCUGGUCUUCAGGGAGGGCCGCACCAAGGCCGUGGGCACCAUCACCAAGUUAUUACAGUCGCCCAACAACCUGCCCUCCCACUCCAAACCCCAGCAAAUGAAAAUGCAGUCCAGCAAGAAGACGUCACCGCAUGGAGACGGAACGACAGCGCCAAACGAGGAACCAGGGUUAUUAGAGGGCAACCAAAGCUCUGCACAGCCAGUGGGGGAGGAGGACUCGCAAAGUAGAGACGGCAACAAAGAGAACAAGCCAAAACAGGGUGGUGGUGGGCGACGGCGAGGAGGCCAGAGGCACCGUGGUAAAGGCCUCACCAGCCUCUUGGUGCCCCCUGCUGCUGGAGCAGGAAGCGGCUAAAACAGCCUCAUCAUCACAUCCACCCCCUCCUCCCUAACUGACAUCUCCGCUUCUCAUCACCCCAUCCUCCAGCCAGGACAUCCUGCUCUUUCAUUUCUGGCACCAGGGAUAUUUUUUCAUUUCAAUUUUUGGCAUUCAAGGGGAGCCCUCUUGCUCUCCAACCAAGCCAGUAGAGGACUAUUCUCAGACUAUUAUACAAUAAUCGCUGAUCUUCCUUUUUUAUUCCCCUUUCAGUUUCAUUUUGUUUUGAAAUGUGUUGCCAUUCUCAAAGCCGUUUCGCCUACCCAUAAUCAUUGUAUUUAACAACCCAUUCAACCCCACCCCCCCCACUCCCAUGGUGCCCAUGUUCCCCACAGACCCAAUCAUAGUGCCCCGGCCAAAUCCUUGUUUGCAUUGGACUCCUCGUUUAUUUUUCACAGUCCAGUUUUGCCAGCAGGUCCUGUCGAUAUGGAACACAAAAGAGAGGGAUUUUUUGUUGUUGUUGUUGUUGUUUGAAUGUUGGCCAUACCUUGUCUGUGAAAACUAGCCUUUGUUGGGAAUCGAUGGUGUUUUUAGGAGUGUUUCCUCUUGCCGUGUACUGUUACAUCCCCAUGGAAGAAAUUCAGCUAACCACAAGUUUCAUUAGAGUCCUGUUUUUUUGUUGUUCUUACCCCAGCAUUGAACAAUUAUGUAGCCAAAAAUUAGGAUGUUGACUGAGAACUGCUUUGUAAGCCACUGUAAAAUGAUAGUUCCUCAGGUCUGAUGGCAUUAGUUGGUAGAUAAUACAUUUAUACAGUACGGUGUUCUCCACUUUGCAGUUUGAAGCUGAGUAUUGAUAAAGACUGAAUAUUUUACUUUUUAGAUUUAUACCUGCAGAGAUUUUUCAAUUUAUUACCAAAUCAAGACCUGCUUUUGGUGAGUUCGAACACUUUUUUUUUUUCAGGGAAAAAAUUAGUAGAUGUGUCUUUUGUAAGUCUUUAUGAAGAGAUUUGAAGGUUCAGUUUAAAUUCAAGGUCAACAUGAUACUCCUAAGCCUUGGAUUCCUCCUAUUUUUCCAGUUAUAGCCAUCAACAUUCAGAUAUUCAGCGUUUGAAACUGCCUUUUUUCCCAUGAACAAUGCCAUUGAGAAUGAGUUUUAGUUUCGAAACUCGUUCAGUGGUGUGUUUGUGAUUUACACAAUUCUGCUCUUUGCCAAGACCAGAAAUAUUGUGCCCAACAUACCCAUUUGUCUUGCACCAGUUAAAUUGCUUUAAGGACUAGGCCUAAAUUCCCAGUGGUAAGGAAACCAGGUUAAAAAGUGUGGGUUGUUUAGACAAUAGCAAGGUUAAGAAGUUUUUUAGGUUCUAGCGGUUCUCUCCCCUGCAUGGAACUGAUGGCAGGGGACUUGCAUACAGGGAAUGCAAUCUAAGUUUUUAGAAGUGAUGCUUUGUUUUCAUUGUGUUUUUGUUUUGGAAUUGGUAUGAAAGAAAUUAACUUUUAUUUGAUGAGGCAUUUUAUAAGAAAAUUUGGUAAGGCGACUGGGACUAUGAAGUUCCCUUCCACCCCAUAUGUUGAUGAGGCUUUGAGUUCAAUAGUUUCUUAUAUUUGACAAGCUUUUAUACAUCAGUUUUGUCAGUUUCCAUUAACAGACUGAAAUCUCUCAGCAAGAUGUACAAACUGAAGUUUCCCAUGUGGAUGUACUGCAUUAACGGGUUGUUGGUGGUUGGUCAAGAAAGUGGCAUUGAUGACGAAAGCUUUAGCGGUUAGAAAGAAAGUAUUACAUAUGAAAGAGGCAGCUCAAGGAUGGUAGUAUUCAGAGGAGGCACAUCUGACCCCAAGGUUUCUGAUUAGCCUAAAGAACUGGUAGCAUUAUUCCAGAAAUGUGUAUUUGUGUCACCCACUUGAACCUAAAGCACCAGCUUCAUAAGCUAAACAGGCUUGGCCGGGGGGUUAUGGAUUGUAGCAGCUUAAUCGUCCAAGAGUUGAAGCAAUUUCUUGCCAGGUUUAAAUUCUUGUUUUAUUCUCAUUAUCAGGAUGUGCCAGACUUUUGUGUUGGUUUGGAUUUUUGGAAGGUUUUUUUAAUUAUUGGUUUUUAUUGCGGGAAACCAAAAGGCAGGAUCAUUUCCCCCCUUUUUAAGUUUUUACUGCAUGGAUUAAUUUUUUGACGAAGAAGUAGUUAUUGUAUGUAUGUACAAAAAACGGCAAAAAAGAAUGCUAUUUAACAUUGGCAACAAAAGGUUUGUGUUGUACAUGCUUUUAAUUAAAAAAAAAGAAAUGUUAUUUUUA